GUUGAAUGCAUUCUCGGGUCGUAGUGACACUUUUUGCAAUUGCACAUCUUGUUUAUUGUAAAUAAAAUGAGUUGGCGAACAUUUUUAACUAUAGCGUUUUUAAUAUCGACAAAUAUUUCUCCCACUACAAAUAUUCCAGACGAAGAGUACAGGUUGAUGCCAGACCUGUUUAAUUUUGACGAUUACGACAAAUGCAUUUUUUACAGUACUGAUCCUGAACCAACUUAUUGCAGAGUUACGAUUGAAUUGGUGCCUAAAAAUCUGUCACAGUCAAACGCUAUAUGGAGGAUUAUAGAGAAAGUAAGCUCAAACAAAAAAAACUAUCGCCAUGAUUUACUAAGACAUGGAAUAUGUGCUAGUAAGAAAUGUGGAAAGUACGAAGGGACAAUACCUGAGUGUUUAAAUCGAAUAUAUAAAACAAAAUAUGGACAUUUAGGACUCGAUGGUAAAAUUAACCAGUUACACUGUGAAACGAAGGAACCCAAUUAUGUUACCAACAAUGGAGACUAUGUAGUUUUGAUAGUUUUAGGUACUUACGUGAGUUUUGUGGUACUCGCUUCAAUAUGGCUGGCGAUUUAUGGAAAGAAAUAGGUUAAAAAUGAAGACUCAAAAAUAUCUCCAGUGGAGAACCUUCUCAGUGCCUUUUCUCUUUCCGAUAAUAUCCGUUCUAUAAUUAACCAAAACACUAAAAACCGGACAAAUAAUUAUUUACCAGCUUUACAAGGAAUUCGUUUUUUUACUUCAGUUCUUGUGAUUGCGAUUCAUGCAAUAAUGUCUUCUGCAUUAGUAGCUGUUUCUAACCCCCAAACAGUAGAAAAAUCAAUAACUUCCUUUACUUCUGUUGCUUUAAUUAGUCACCUAAUACUUUUUCAAACUUUCUUCGUCAUUUCCUUUUUCCUGACGACAAUUAACUUCUACAGCCACCUGAGACGUGCUCAUUAUGUUACUUUGGAAGAUGUUUUGCGCAAAAUCGUCAAAAGAUACAUAAGGUUUACCUCAGCACAAGUUAUUCUCAUCGCUUUGCAAAGUAGAUGGUUUGUGCACUUAUCUCGGGGACUUUUUUGGGAACAAGUAAUGGGGUCUGAAGCCAGACUUUGUAGUGAAAUGUGGUGGACAAACCUACUUUACAUCAAUAACUUUUUCUUUGACCAUGGAUUGUGUUUACUGCACACGUGGUCUCUGUCCGCAGAUUUUCAGCUGACUGUGAUUGGUUUAUUAAUUUUGUGGUGGACGCAAAAAAAUUCCAAACGUCUGUUUUUAGUUUCAGGGGGAUUACUUCUAGUACAGGUCACAUGGACAUUUUUUUAUUUAGGAUGGAAUAAUUUCGAAUUUGGUACUUUAUAUACACCAGAGUCACUGUAUGGUUUUACAUUUUUGUUUAGAAAAGAAUGGCAAGCGACUUGGACAACCACCGUCUCCAAUUUGGCUGGACUUGCCUGGGGGUUGCUUUUCGGCUACAUAUAUUCACACCGCCAGAAUAACACAUUUAUUACUAAAAAAUCUGACCACAUUUGGUGGUACGCGAUUGUGCUUAUUUCCACUUUUGGAACGAUAUUUUUUUCUGGAUAUUACAAGACUAGUGAUUAUUACUCGAGCAGCCGGUGGUUCGCUGCCAGCUAUGGUAGCAUUGAAAAGGUGGUGUGCGUUUUUGGCAUCAGUCUUUUUAUUUUUGGCACGUUGCAGGGUCUUGGUGGAUUUGUUAGAAACGUUCUGGAAUGGGCUCCAAUGCAUACUCUGGGCACGUUAUCGUUUGGUGCAUAUUUAGUGCAUUUUGUGUUUUUAAACAUUGACAACGCUUUAAAACGAAAUCCUUCUUACUUCUCACCUUAUUUGAUAACUAGCGAGAUAUUUAAAAAUGUUGUUAUGUCCAACUUUUGUUCGGUAAUCUUGACUGCGUUUGUAUUGAUGCCGAUGGAGAAUUUAACGAACAAGUUUUUGUAAAUAAUGCAAGUAAUUAACUGAAACAACAUGAAGGCACCAGCUUGACAGCGUUGAUGAAGUAAUGAUACAAUUUUUUCUUGUGCCUUUUCAUUUUGGUUGUAGACAAAUGCAUUAAAGUUGUAUAUA